AUGGCAAUGACCAACAUCCAAGAGAAGGAUUUUCUCACCUGGGAGUGGGAAUCGAAAAAAUCCCAUGGCGGCCCCCCAGGAUCCAUCUCACGAACCGCAGGAGACUUCAUGUUUUUCGGUAGAUUCGAAGGUGAAUGGGCCUACUACUUCAACAAACGCUAUCGAAAGUUGAUUGAAGCACCUUACAUUGGAAAUUGGCAUGGCGUAUAUGUGAGGGAUCUUAUACACCUCGUGGGAAAGAUCUUUGCGAUGAUCAAUCUCAAAGUCUCUCGGGAGAUCAAUCUCAAAGUCUCUCGGGAGGACUGCCUAAAAUUCGUUGUACCAAAAGUCCUUCUCGAACGCCUACUGGAGAACAUGACUCCCGCCGAACCCGACCGAUACGCACGACACUGUCAACCCAAACUUGACAAUGUCAACAAGUCCCUUGAACCUAAUUAGGAUUAUUUCCUGUCUGACUAUUCGACUUCGGUAGAGACGUUUGUUUAUAUCGGUGGACGGGAGUUAAAGUAUUCCAUGGACAGCACAAACUCAUGGCCACCACUGGACGCCUCCAAGGACACCAUGGAGGCUUUCAUGGACGCCGCGUUUGAUAAAAACCGUGUGAUGAGUGUCUUCGAUUCCUCAAGUGGUAUUGUUGAUUUUGAAAUACUAUUCGAUCAACCCACGUUACACCCCAAGUUCCAUGUUUGGAUUCGAUUCCUCUAUCGGAGGAUCUUAAUGCGACAGUGGGAAAUACAUGUGAGAGAGAUGAAUGGUACGACGGAAGAGCGGGGGGGUAUUAUGAAUUGGGUGAAAACAACUCUCACAGAGUGGAAUAACUCGUCAUCAUGGGUACCAUUGAGUCCUGAAGAAUGCCCAGUCCGUUAUGAUAUAUCAUGCCACUCACCUAGGUUUGGUGAUUACAAUGGCAUCGAAUACAAGCCAGUCAUCGUUCCGAACGAUCCCCUAACCGAGCAAAAAUAUCAACCAGAACGUGACACACAAGAUCCGCGUUCUCCCAAAGCAGGCACCAAUGAAGCUCCGCAACUUCCGAAAGAAUCGGAGAACGAAGUUUCCCGGAGAGCGGCAUCGACUGCUAUCAAGACGCAAGCUAUGGUCGAAGCCAACGCCUUGAAGAGAGAGGAUGCUGAGCUGAAGGAGGAAGAGGGAAAAGAAGUCAAGAAAGAAGCCAACAUCAAGUACAACUGGCGUGCCAAUACAGAAGUAAAAGAGGAUAUUGAUUUGGCAGGUGGCGUUAUCAAGAAGGAAGCGAGGCAGGAGAUUGAUUUGACCUGUGAAUCGAUCAAGAAGGAAGUCAAGGACGAAAUUGAUCUGACGGGUACAGGUAUCGAGAAAGAAACCAAAACCUGGGUUGGCAAGCGACGAUUUGAUGACUUCGAGGAGUUGAAGAGAGCUAUCAACGACCCAAAGGUCUCCAAGAAGCCGCGGUAUCGUGUGGUAUAUGAAAUAGUCGAUCCAGAUGAGGAAUGA